AAUAAAAGUGUUCUUCUCUCGUCAACCUUCUACACUCUUGACGCAAAACGGUUACAACAUUUUUGGCAGAAGAACAAAAAAAAUCGGCAUCCCAAGAAAUGCAACGUUACGUUCCUAAACAGAGAGAGACUCUUUUUAAAACAAAAAAAAGAAGCUUCUUUUUGAAGCAAUCCCAAACUUCCUUUUGCUUCUCUUCUUAUCCCACAUCUCCUUAAUCAUUUCAAUCUAACUAUCAUCUCUCACGCUCUCUCUCAUUUGCAGUUCCUCCUGAAUCUCAUUCCAAAACUUAUUUGGUAUCUUCUUUUUUUUUUUCUUAUGCUCUCAACGAACCGGUUUAUCCGGGUUUUGGAUUUGAUUCAAGACUUUAACACUAAAUUCUGUUAGUUGAUCUAAGAUGCUUGGAGACUUCAUUACAAGAAUCAUAAUAUUGCUUGUGGGUUACGCGUACCCAGCAUAUGGAUGCUACAAAAGCGUGGAAAAGAAAAAGCUUGAGAUUCACGAACUUAGAUACUGGUGCAAAUAUUGGAUCUUGGUUGGUCUUCUUACAGUGUUUGAAAGGAUAGGAGACAUCACUGUAUCAUGGUUACCAUUCUACGGCGAGAUCAAAAUCGCUCUUCUCAUCUAUCUAUGGUACCCAAAAUCACAGGGAAUUAGCUACGUCUACGAAACACUAGUAUGUCCGUACAUGUCAAAGCACCAAUCAGACAUCGAUCAGGGGAUCACUGUUUUAAGGACCAGAGGACAUUUAGUUAUUGUUCAACUAUGGCAAUGUGGCUACCAUUGGACUCUCCAAAUCCUUAGGCAUCUCCAACAACAAUUCGUCAUCGAUAAGAAAAAUAACCGAUCAAAGUCAAAAGAUAGACAACAAACAUUUAUGUUCCUCCGUUAAAGCUGUUAGCAGAAGAAGGUGCAGCUACUACUUCUAAUCCCACAAUCUCAAUAACCAAAUUGUAAACCGACGGUUCACCGAAAUUGCAAUCUCCAAACCAAUUUUGUAACACUUUUUAUUGUAAUAUCAAACAGUUUUGUGUUCAAUU